UUGUUUAGUUGAUUUAUUGCAGUUAUCAUUUUUGUGUCUAUCCCUACUAAGAAAAAUGCUGAACAGAUUUAAAUCAGCAUUAUUAAAUGCUGUGGGUGCAAGUGAGCUUGGCCUACAAUAUCCAAAUGAUUCAGACACUGAUACUUUAACAGAUUAUAUCAAUUCAAACUUUAUCACGGAAAUAGAAAAUAAACCAUAUAGUCGACCUAGUUUUCUUGGACUAACUACAGAGGAAACUCAAGUAAGUGCUGACCAUAGAGUAAGACCAAUAAUAGUUCCAAGAGAUUUGAGUCGAUUACCAUGGUGUGCUGGCUAUGCGGAAUGUAUAAAUGCUGGGAAAAGCACUUGGAAUGAAGAUCAAGCUUCUGCUACAAGAGGAGAUCUUAAAUUGUCAGAUGUUAAUAUAACAUUACCUUAUAUUAUGUUUUCUAUGUUUGAUGGACAUGCUGGUUAUCAAGUUGCAUUAACAGCAAGAUUACACUUACACAGGAUAAUUCUUGAAAGGUUAAUGGCAAUACCUGGCAAUAUGUUACUAAAUGAAGAUGAAGAUGAACUCAUAAAAGGAAGAGAUUUAGUCAUUGGUGCUGUUGAACUAGCAUAUAGACAAAUGGAUCAAACAGUAGAAGCUCAAGCCCAAGGUGGAGGUGGUGGUUGCACAGCUAUCACUAUUUUAUUCCUUAAUGGUAGAUUAUAUGCUGCAGGUGCUGGCGAUUCAAGAGCUGUACUUGUAUUGGGAGAAAGUCAGCGUGCAUUAACAAGAGACCAUACUCCUGAUUCAGAAUCAAAUCGUGUUAGAGCAUUAGGAUUCUUAAGAAGUAAUGAAUUAUUAAAAGGACAUUUCACACCAUUGGAGUUUCGAAAACGACCUUUACAGAAGGAAUUAGGUUCCACGAUUUUAUAUAGGGAACCUUAUAUGACAGGCUGGGCGUACAAAAUAUUGAAUCAUUCUGAUUUAAAAUUACCUCUUAUCUCUGGACAUGGCAAAAGGAGCCGUGUAAUGGGCACUAUAGGGGUGACCCGUGGUUUUGGAGACCAUGGCUUAAAAGCAGCCAAUACAGGUGUUAACAUAAAACCAUUCCUAUCAUCACAGCCUGAAGUGCAGUCGAUAAAUUUAAAUAAUUGCAACCUGACGGAACGUGACUGUAUUAUUGUAGCCACAGAUGGACUUUGGGAUGUUGUAUCAGAUAAAACAGCAGCUAAUAUACUCAGAAAGACUCUUGCUCCUGAUGCACCAUCAUUGGAAUACAGGCUUACAAUGGGUGCUCAAGAAUUGGUACAAGCAGCAAGAGGUAGAUUAAUUGGUCGAGUUUGGGUAGGUAAAUCAGAAAAUCCUGAAGAAACAGAUGAAAAGUUUCUACCAAUGGCAUCAGUUGAUGAUAUCAGUGUUCUAGUAGUACCACUAUACCCUUAUUUGUGUGAGCAUAAGCAAUGGAUGAAAACUACACAUCAAGAAAGAAGAUAUUCUAUGGAUUCAUUGCACAUAUCAGUCAAUAAUUCUGUAUAA